UCGCGGUGUUCGGGGCUUCUGACGUCAAAUAUCCGCCUGCUGCGUUUUUAAUUCUUAGUUUUCAAGGUUCUAGCUUGCGGCUGUUGGCUAAUGCUAACGGCCGUUAGCUCAAUCACAAGCUUCGCUUAGCUUUGCUAGCAUGCUAGAAUGCUAGCUGACGCUGUAAGAAACGUGCGUUGAUGUGACCGAAGAGCUACGCAACGGUUCAUUAAUAUAACGCCAGAGACGUUUAAAUGUGACGUUAUGUAAUCUCCUUUCAUGCUGGUGUUUUAUCGGGAAGUAAGUUAAGUGCAUUAAGGAGUGAAAACUAGUACGUAUACUUACUAGUUUUCGUACGUAAGUUACGUUGGAACGGAACGUUACGUCCAGUUAAACACGUUCGAUGUAACCGAUCCAACUGUUUUACGUGAACUUACGUUAACGCUUCGUUUGGCGCGUGUAAACCACCUCCGCUGACGUCACGGCUGCUUAAUAACGUCACACGUAAGAAGCACGUUCGUAUGAUUAGAAGUGGGUUUAUAUGUGUAUAUUUUUAUAUAUAUUGAUUUAAUUGUUACAUAUUUUAAUUACAACCUGAUACAAAGUUGUGAAAACAUUUUAUAGUCUAGAAAUGUGACUCGUACGCAAAGUGAUCACAACAUGGUGAUUAUCACAAUGCUCUUUAUUUCCAGUAUCACUGUUUGCAUGAUUAGGUAAUCUUGCUAAAUACUUGUGAGUAGAUAUUCACAUUAGUUCCAGAUUUACUACACAAACAAGUUCUAUUUCUUAGGCCCCACAGGUUUUCCUAUUUAGCAUCUUCUAGCAGAGCCUUUAAAUGAGUGUUUCAAUACAUAAUUUGUAACUUACUUUAGCUCUAGUUAAAUGCCUAAAAUGUAAAUCUUCAAUUAGGAAUUCACAGGCGGUGCAAUUCAUCACAGUAAAAAUGUCACCGGUUGUCUCCACUGGGUCUUUCCUCGCUCGCCGCUCCCCGACUGAUUGCGUUAAAUAAAUCAUCAUUUCUCACUUCAGAUAUCCGAGUUUCGCCCAGCGACGUUGUGCGGGCGCGUAUCGAUCGAGGAUCAGAGGGUUGGACUCCAGCAGACCGCAGGUGGCGUUGGUGUGAUGUUCCCUCACAGGGGAGUCCGCUCAGCAGGCGGCUUCAGUUUGAGCUGCUUUUGUGGAGCAGCUCGGGCCCAUUCGAUGGAUCAGUAGCCCCCGACAAGAACCCCUACGAUAUCCGCCUCCAAAGAUGAAGCUCGCCGGGCGCCUUCUGCUCCUGCUGCUCCUCGCCGUCAGCGGUCGGAGCCGAGUCCGGCUCGCCACCUCCCUACUGGGUUUGACCGACGGCUUCGGGAGCCUCCUUCCCAAACUCAGCCGGCCGGCCAACCACAGCCGCAUCUUCUACGCGGUGAUGUUUGACGCCGGGAGCACCGGGACGCGCGUCCACGUCUACACCUUCAUCCAAAGUGGCUCGGAGCAGCUGCCAAUUUUGGACAAUGAGAUGUUCCACUCCAUAAAGCCCGGAUUGUCGGCGUACGCCGACUCUCCCGAAACGGCCGGCCACACGGUGAGGACCUUGUUGAAGGUGGCCAAGAAGACCGUGCCUCGCCUGGAGUGGAAGAGAUGCCCGCUGGUCCUCAGGGCCACAGCUGGACUCCGGCUGCUGGCCGAGGACAAAGCCCAGGUUCUCCUGCAGCAGGUUCAACACGUGUUCGACGAAUCCCCCUUUCUGGUGCCAGACGACAGCGUCGGCGUAAUGAACGGCACAUACGAAGGGCUCCUGGCUUGGAUAUCUCUGAACUAUCUGACAGGUCACCUGAGUGCACAGACGAAGAACACGGUGGGAAUCUUGGAUCUGGGAGGAGGAUCCACGCAGAUUACUUUCCUGCCAAAUCAAAGGAAAACCAUUGAAAGUGUCCCUGCCGCUGAUUACGUCGCCCGGUUCGGGAUCUCCAACACAUCAUUCGAAUUGUACACUUACAGUUACCUUGGAAACGGGCUGAUGGCGGCGCGGCUGGCCACGCUGGGCGCGCUGGGUGCAGAAGGGUUGGAGUGGCGCGUCUUUAGAAGUUCCUGCCUGCCCAAGAAGUUCAAGGGUGAAUGGAGCUUCGGGGAGCUGACCUAUCGAGUGAGCGGAGACCCGGAGGGUUUUGCAGGAUACAAGCUCUGUUAUCAGGAAGUACUUAAGGCGGUGAAGGGGAUUAUUCAUCAGCCGUACAAGCUGGAAGACAGCAAUGUGUUCUAUGCGUUCUCCUAUUACUUUGACAGAGCUGUGGACGCAGGCCUGAUCGAUGGGGACCACGGCGGGAUGCUGCAGGUCAGAGACUUCAAGAAGAGAGCUAAAGAAGUGUGCAACGAGAUGAGCAAGUCCACUCCGACCAGCGCUUUCCUGUGCAUGGACAUGACCUACAUCACCUGUCUGCUCAAGGACGGAUUCGGCUUCAAGGAGAGCACCGUGCUGAAGUUGACUAAGAAAGUGAAUAACGUGGAGGCGAGCUGGGCUCUGGGCGCCGUGCUGGACCACUUCCACAACCUGAAGAUCCACUGAAGUGAGGAACAACCCCCCCCCCACACAGCUCCUCCAGAAGGGCACUACUCACCUCACAAGUAAUUCUUUUAAACCAAUUAUUCUCAAGUGCAAUAGAUGAGGCUGUAAACGGGCAGCGUGUCGUCUCGCUCGCAGAACAAGGUUGCGGGUUGAGUGACUGAUGUUACCAAUAACGCUCCGUUAAUGCGGCUUCACCGGAUACACAAUUGGUUUGAGAUUGAUGUUUGUGUGUUUAAGGGGCUGAUUAGCGGACCGGUGUGUACAUGCAGCCAAGUGGUGCUCUGUGCCGUAGUUGGUAAUGAGGAUGAGCUUAUUUUCUAUCAAUGUCAUCACUUUCAUUCUGUUGUUUACAAUGAUCAUUAUACUGUCAUAAACUUUAAAAACCCG